GUUUAUCUAAUGUCUAUCUGGAAUCUGUUGUGAUGAGAAGGAUUUAAUAGUUAACAAUUUAAUAAAUUUUAAAUUUGAGUGGUUUUUUUUCAGUCCUAUUUUGUAGUAUAUAUUUCAGCAGACUUAUGAAUACUUCAGCAAAACAAGAAUAACAGUGGGUCCUACCUCAUAGAAUUAUUAUGAGGAUUGAAAGACAUAAGGCAUAUGAAGAUAUUAACAUGAACAAUUUUAAUCAUAAUAGUAAUAUUAAUAGUGCUCUUAUUCCUUUUACUGCGUUUAGGAACAAAUAUGCUUAAGAUUUUAACCUAAAAAUCUUGAUAUACACUGUAACUACCACAAUGACAUGUAGUGUACAAGAUUUUGAAUUUAAUAAAGCACGUUCAAAAAUCGGUGCUAAUGCCGGACCACAAAAGUGUUCCUAAAAUUAUGCCAAAUUGAGUAAUAUGUUUUUCGUUUGUAUCAUAGCAAUCAGAACAAGUACUUUAUGAGUUUGAACAUAUGGGGAGAAUUUAGCAAACGAACUUUUUAUCUUAAAAGUUAAUAGAUUCUCCACAUGUAGCAAUGCAUUAGUGAAGCUAUUAUCUGGGAAAGAUUAAAAAAUAAAGACACAAAUGAAUGGAAUUUCUGCAAGAGGGAGGAGAAAAGAAAGGGAGAGAAAGGGAGAGGAAGAUGUCUUAAUAGGAAAUGUGCACAUUGGCCGUUCUGCCUUUCCGUACCGGGCCGCGCAGGAGACGCCAUCAUGGGAGUUGACAUCCGCCAAAACAAGGACCGAAAGGUUCGGCGCCAGGAGCCCAAGAGCCAGGGUAUCUACCUGAUAUCCUGUGUCAAGCUGUGGGUCAAGCUGUACAGGUUUCUGGCCAGACGAACCAACUCCACAUUCAACCAGGUUGUGCUGAAGUGGUUGUUUAUGAGUCCUACCAACCGACCACUUCUUUCCCUUUCCCGGAUGAUCUGGAAAAUGAAGCUUCCUGGCUGGGAAAACAAAACGGCCAUGGUUGUGGGGACCAUAACAGAUGACGUGCGGGUUCAGGAGGUGCCCAAACUGAAGGUGUGUGCGCUGCGUGUGACCAGCUUGGCCCGCAGUCGCAUCAUCAGGGCGGCGGACAAAAUCCCCAAAGGCUGCGGCACCGUCCUGCUCUCCAGUCCUCGCAAGGGCCGAAAGAUGAACCUGCAUUUCAGCAAGGCCCCGGGAACCCCGCCCAGCCACGCCAAACCCUACGUCCGCUCCAAGGGCCGGAAGUUCGAGCGCGCCAGAUGCGCACAGGCCAGCUGAGGCUGCAAAAACACCCUGGAUCCUACUGUCUUAUUAAAACGAUUUUGGACGCUGAAGAAAAGAAAACAAAAUGUGCACAUUGACGUUGCAGUCAGGGGUGACAAAGUCUCUUAAGUAGCUUUUCACAUGAGGUUUCUUAUUGUUGGUUUACUCCAAAUGUUGUCAAACUUUCACAUGAGGUUUCUUAUUGUUGGUUUACUCCAAAUGUUGUCAAACUUCCACACGGUACAUCAGAAUUGGCUGGAGAGCUUAAUAAAACACAGAUUUCUGGGUCUCACCCCCAGAUUCUGAUUUGUAGUUGGGUGGGACCCCAGAAUUCACAUUUUGAGUUCCCAGUUGAUCUCAUCAUGCUGGCCUGGCGAACCUCACUUCGACAACCACCUGUCUAGUUUGUAACAGAUUGACGGGCUA